AUGAGCUCAACAUCGACAAAGCAAAAAGUAGUGAUUGUCGGAAGUGGGAUCUAUGGGAUCUCCACCGCGCUGUACAUGCUCCAAGAUGGGGGAUACGACGUGACUGUGCUGGACAAGUGCGAAACGCUGCCUGCUCCGGAUGCAGCUAGUACAGCAGGGGACUAUGCGGACCCUCAGCUGUCUAAGCUCGCCAUUGAAGCUGUGCACAUGUGGAAGCUGCCCGAAUGGGAGGGGACAUACCAUGAAUCCGGCGUCAUGUGCCUCUCGGCCACGUCCAGCUCCUCAGGCACCCACUUCGUAGAUCAAGCGUACCAGAACUGCCGGUCCAACGACCUCCCAUGCGAAAAGCUCCAGUCCGCUCAGGCCAUCCGUGAAGCCUUGGAGGCCCGCACGACCGUACCUGUUGGAGAGUUCGAGGGGAGAGUGGGGUAUAUGAACCCUACGGGUGGGUGGGCGGAGAGUGGGCGGGCACUGGCGGUUGCGAUUGAGCGGGUAAAACGGGACGGUGGGAGAGUGAGGGUAGGGGCAGAGGUGGUGGGUCUGUUGAAAGAGGGGAAGAGGGUCCAGGGGGUGAGGCUGAAAAGUGGGGAGGAGGUCAAGGGGGAUCUGGUCUUGCGGUCGCCGUCGCUCUGUGCCUCGGAAGGGAUCUCCGCACCACUACCAGACGUAGUCGCCACGGGACAAAGUCUUGCUACCAUCCAGCUCACCCCAGAAGAAGUCGAGCGAUACUCAAAGAAUCCAGUCAUCUUCAACCUCGAUAACGGCUUCUACCUAUUCCCACCCAACCCCGAUGGGCUCAUCAAGGUCGCCACCCACGCUGCAGGGUACACAAACCCUAUCGGACCCGAAUCCUCCUCUUCUUGCGGGGACAAGGAGCCGACCUCGGUACCGCAGACAAAGUUGACGCCUGGGGCGGAGGACGGCAGGAUCCCGCGGGAGUCUUUGGCGAGGUUGCGCAAGGGGCUAGGGGAGCAUCUGCCGGAGCUGAAGGACCGGGAGUUUGUUUCUAGUCGGCUGUGCUGGUAUGCGGAUACACCGACGGGAGACUGGUUGAUCGAUUAUCACCCAGACUACGAGAACCUCUUUAUUGCCUCGGGCGACUCAGGACACGGCUUCAAGUUUACCCCGAAUAUCGGACGCGAGAUCCUGCACAUCAUCCAGCGCAAAGGCGAUCCCGAGUAUACCCGUCGCUGGGCGUUCGGCGGAUGUCCCAAUAAGGACGCGGAUGAGCGAUAUGGCGUGAGGCAGGUGUUGAAGGCGGAGGAGCUGGCUGGGCCGGAGGAUAUGAAGGCGUGA